GGGAAAUUUGAGUGAACUUGUCCGCUUGCAAUCAGUUUUCUCAAGGUCACGUGCACGGAAGAGUAGUGAUUUGACUUACAGGCUGUGCUAGAGUUUCAAUUCAAUCAUGAAUGAACAAUUAGAACAAGAUUUACGUACUAAACCAAUAUGUUUAAUUAUUCUUGGUAUGGCUGGUUCUGGUAAAACAACAUUUGUCAAGAAAUUAAUUGAACAUUUAACUAAUUCAUUAAAAACUUCACCAUAUACAAUUAAUUUAGAUCCAGCAGUUCAUCAUAUUCCUUAUAGUCCUAAUAUUGAUAUACGUGAUUCAGUUAAAUUUAAAGAAGUAAUGAAACAAUAUGGUUAUGGACCAAAUGGUGCAAUUAUGACAUCGUUAAAUUUUUUCGCUUCACAAUUUCAUAAAGUUAUUGAUCUUAUACAUAAGAAUACUGGCAAAGUUUCACAUGUAGUAAUUGAUACACCUGGACAAAUUGAAGUAUUCACAUGGUCUGCAUCAGGAACUAUUAUUACAGAAUUAUUAGGUAAUUCUUUUCCUACUUUAAUUGUCUAUGUUAUGGAUACACCACGAAGUCAUAAUCCGAUUACAUUUAUGUCAAAUAUGCUAUAUGCAUGUAGUGUAUUGUAUAAAAUGCAACUUCCAUUUAUAUUGGUUCUUAAUAAAACUGACAUUAUCGAUUGUGAUUUUGCUAUUCAAUGGAUGAGAGAUUUUGAAACAUUUCAAGAUGCAUUAGCAGCUGGUCAUCAUCAGUCCACUGUUGAUGGACCAUCAGAAUUAGGCAAUGAUAAUUCGUGUUCUGGUACAUCACCAUAUAUGAAUAGUUUAGUUCAUUCCAUGUCAUUAGUAUUGGAUGAAUUCUAUAGUACACUACGUUGUUGUGGUAUCUCAUCAUUAACUGGUGACGGUAUGUCCAGAUUUGUUGAAUUGAUUGAUGAAGCCAAAGAAGAAUACUUUAAGAUAAAUCUUCCGAGUUUACUAGCUAAACAAGAAAAAAGCAAGCAAAUUUCAAAUGACAAAUCCACCAAAUCUUAUUCAUCUAAACAGCAUGAUCAACCGAUGCUUUUAGAUUUGGCUGGUAAUGAUGAUGAAGCAGACAAUGAUCCAUUGCCUGAUGUUGAUGGUGUAGAAAUUCGUCCACAUAGUGAUUCAGACAAGGAUGAUGAUGAUGAUGAGGACGAUGAUCAUGAAAUUGUAGGAUCAAAAACUAUCACAUCGAUUCAAAAUCAAUUCCAACAGUCAUGUUCUGUGGAACCAUCGACAAAUUAAACUUUUCCUAUAAAAUGAUCACAUCAUUUAAAUUUUGUACACAUCAAUAUAAAUAUAUAUUUUUUGAAAAAAA